UUCUCCCAGUUUCUGAGGGAGGAGUCUGUCGGUUCGGUACUGGAGUAGCAUCGGAGCAGGACUGAGGUACUUAGGCAACGGAGACGGAGAGAAAACCGCUAGCUGUGUAAAACUCGGAAUAUUUUUUUUUUUCCCCCCGUGGAGUAAAAUGCAUCAGAUGGAGCCAGGGCGUGUACUCCGAAAUUCAGACGGCAGCCAUGUGUGUCUUUGAAGAGGAAUGUGGCUUUAACCUUGUUUUGUGUAGCUAACGGGAUAAUCAAGAAAGCUACACUGGUUUUAGCGCAAUCACGCGCUGUAUAUAUACAGUCAAAUCAAUCCUGCUAGCCUAGCCUAGCUUAGCAUAGAUUACCAACCGUUUUUUUAGCGCGCUAGCUGUCUAGAAUUUAGUGCUACGGAUGUUGCGACCAAAUCUCGGAGCAUUGAUUUCUUUUGACACUACCAGCGGCAGCGUCUUCGGAUACAUUAGGUUUUAAACGACGUCGACGACACAAAUCGAGGGAUUAGGGAGCCGGGUUGCUAGCUAGACAAGGAGAAGGUGGGGCGUUGGAGUGUCAAAACGGACCGAACAUAUCGAACAAGCUGGCUCGAGUUAUCUGGUUAGGCUCGUCUAUCUUUGGUGUUCGUGGGGAUUAUUUGGUUAACAGCAAGAUUUCUGGAGCCAUAUCCUAAUUUCGCAUCACAGAGAAGAACGAAACAGAGCUGCGACCAUUUAUUUUGUUUUUAUUUUCUUUAUUAUUAUUGUUUUUGUUUUUUUUUUUAACGUAAAGCAUUUUUGGACGGAUUUUCCAGAAGAUAGGCUCACACUUCUCGCUGGACCAUGGCUGACGACGACGUGCUGUUCGAAGAUGUGUACGAGCUGUGCGAGGUGAUCGGAAAGGGGCCGUUUAGUGUGGUUCGCAGAUGCAUCAACAGGGACACUGGGCAGCAGUUUGCAGUGAAGAUUGUAGAUGUGGCCAGCUUCACCUCCAGCCCUGGACUCAGCACUGAAGAUCUGAAGCGUGAGGCUAGUAUCUGUCACAUGCUAAAACACCCUCACAUUGUAGAACUACUGGAAACCUACAGCUCUGAUGGAAUGCUCUACAUGGUGUUCGAGUUCAUGGAUGGAGCAGAUCUCUGUUUUGAGAUCGUGAAGAGGGCAGACGCAGGCUUCGUCUACAGUGAGGCUGUGGCCAGCCACUACAUGCGUCAGAUACUGGAGGCGCUGCGUUAUUGUCAUGACAACAAUGUAAUUCACCGAGAUGUCAAGCCCCAUUGUGUGCUCCUGGCAUCUAAAGAGAACUCCGCUCCCGUCAAACUGGGGGGAUUUGGAGUGGCCAUCCAGUUGGGCGAAUCUGGCCUUGUGGCAGGAGGCCGCGUGGGAACUCCACACUUCAUGGCCCCAGAGGUGGUGAAGAGGGAGCCGUAUGGGAAGCCUGUAGACGUGUGGGGCUGUGGAGUCAUCCUCUUCAUCCUCCUCAGCGGCUGCCUGCCCUUCUACGGCACCAAGGAGCGCCUGUUCGAGGGUAUCAUUAAAGGCAGAUACAAGAUGACACCUCGGCAGUGGAGUCACAUCUCUGAGAGUGCUAAAGACUUGGUGCGCCGUAUGCUAAUGCUGGACCCUGCUGAGAGGAUCACAGUCUAUGAAGCCCUCAACCACCCUUGGCUAAAGGAGAGGGAUCGUUAUGCCUACAAGAUUCACCUUCCUGAGACAGUGGAACAGCUGCGGAAGUUCAACGCCAGGAGGAAGCUGAAGGGGGCAGUGCUGGCUGCAGUCUCCAGCCACAAAUUCAACUCCUUCUAUGGUGAUCCUCCUGAGGAGAUCCAUGACUUCACCGAGGACCCCACAUCCUCAGGAUUGCUUGCUGCAGAAAGGGCUGUCUCUCAGGUUCUGGAUAGUCUAGAAGAGAUUCAUGCACUGACUGACUGCAGUGAGAAGGACCUGGAUUUCCUCCACAGUGUGUUCCAGGAUCAACACCUGCACACGCUGCUAGAUCUCUAUGAUAAGAUCAACACAAGGUCUUCACCACAGAUUAGGAGUCCUCCCAGUGAUGCUGUUCAGAGGGCUAAAGAGGUUCUAGAGACCAUCUCCUGUUACCCUGACAACCUGGAGGCCAAGGAACUGAGGAGGAUCCUGACACAGCCCCACUUUAUGGCCUUGUUGCAGACACACGAUGUGGUGGCUCAUGAGGUGUACAGUGACGAGGCACUGAGGGUCACGCCCCCACCCACCUCCCCCUACCUGAACGGAGACUCACCCGAGAGCACCAACGGGGACAUGGACCUGGAGAACGUCACCCGGGUUCGCCUCGUGCAAUUCCAGAAGAACACAGACGAGCCAAUGGGCAUCACACUGAAGAUGAAUGAGCUGAACCACUGCAUCGUAGCCCGGAUCAUGCAUGGAGGAAUGAUCCACAGGCAAGGAACACUGCACGUAGGAGACGAGAUACGUGAGAUCAACGGCAUCAGUGUAGCCAACCAAACUGUGGAGCAGCUUCAGAAGAUGCUGAGGGAGAUGCGUGGAAGUAUCACCUUUAAGAUUGUACCAAGUUACCGCAGCCAGUCCCUUUCCUGUGAUAAGGACUCGCCUGACUUGUCCAGGCAGUCUCCUGCCAAUGGACAUGCCAGCGUCACCAGCUCCAUUCUGGACUUGCCCUCUACCAUUCAGCCCAAAGGUCGUCAGAUCUCUAGACCUGCAAUCAAGGAUAAAAUGUCCAUGAAGAUCUUCGUGCGAGCGCAGUUUGAGUAUGACCCCUCCAAGGAUGACCUCAUCCCCUGUAAAGAGGCGGGCAUUCGCUUCCGGGUGGGCGACAUCAUCCAGAUCAUCAGCAAGGACGACCACAACUGGUGGCAGGGCAAGCUGGAGAACACCAAGAACGGCACGGCCGGCCUCAUCCCCUCACCGGAGCUGCAGGAGUGGCGUGUGGCCUGCAUAGCAAUGGAGAAAACGAAGCAGGAGCAGCAGGCCAGUUGCACCUGGUUUGGCAAGAAGAAGAAACAGUACAAAGACAAGUACCUAGCAAAGCACAACGCAGUGUUCGACCAACUAGACCUGGUCACAUAUGAAGAAGUUGUGAAGUUGCCUGCCUUCAAAAGAAAAACGCUGGUGUUGUUAGGUGCCCAUGGUGUUGGCAGGCGACACAUCAAAAACACACUCAUCGCAAAGCACCCAGACAGAUUUGCCUACCCAAUUCCACACACCACCAGACCCCCCAAGAAAGACGAGGAGAACGGCAAGAACUACUACUUUGUGUCCCAUGACCAGAUGAUGCAGGACAUCUCCAACAACGAGUACCUGGAGUACGGCAGUCACGAGGAUGCAAUGUAUGGCACCCGGCUGGAGACCAUCCGCAAGAUCCACGAGCAGGGCCUGGUCUCCAUCCUGGACGUGGAGCCGCAGGCGCUGAAAGUUCUGCGGACGGCUGAAUUCGCACCCUACGUCGUCUUCAUCGCCGCACCCACGUUCACGCCUGGCAUGAAUGAGGACGAAUCCCUUCAGAGGCUGCAGAAGGAGUCGGAGGCGCUGCAGAAAUCGUACGCGCACUACUUCGACAUGACCAUCAUCAACAACGAGAUUGACGACACCAUCCGUCUGCUCGAGGAAGCCAUCGGUCUGGUGUCCGCCACUGCUCAAUGGGUGCCUGUGUCCUGGGUCUACUAGCUCCCUCUGCAGAUCACCGCCCUCAUCGACGAGGCCCAGUCCCGCCCCCUUCCUCCAAAAAGAACCAUCCACAUGCCUCCAACAGACUCUCAGCACCUCCAGUCCAUGUGGUGCCAUCAUCGAGACCCUCCCAUGGGACUGCAAGAGGCGUAGUCUUGUAUAUAUCUAAACAUAUAAAUAUAUAAAUAUGAAUAUAAAAUAUUAAAUAUGUUCCUGUACUUAUAGCUAGGGGGCGACAUUUUAUACUUUCCUUUCUUUUUGAAUGAACGAGACGGCGUCUCAGAGCAAUGAUGAGCACAGUAAGAUGUUGGGGUGUUUUGGGGUGGUAUCAGGGGCUCCACCCUGGGGGGGGUGGGGGGGGGGUGAAGUAGGUGCCCCUCCCAGUCCAACCCCUCGGUCUCCUGGUGCUUCAGACUGGGUAGGAGAGAAUCCUCCAACCCCCCGCCCCCUUUUCACAGCCCCAACCCCAACCCCAACCCAGUACAAUCCCACAUUCCCUGGCCAUGGUCACAGAGGCAGCCCCUGGACAGAUGAUAAGCACAGUUGGCUCAAUCCUCCCAGCCCCAAACCUUAUUUAUUUUUUGAGAACCGUCUGCAUGGACUCGUUAGUGCUCGGUGGAAGCUCACUGACGUUAGCCACGCUGGGUCCCUUGCACUCAGCACCCUCUCUCCUCAAUCCUCUGUUUGUUUACAACUCUGUUUGCACAAUGGACAAUAGAGAGGAUGAGUGCUGCUCCCCCUCCCUCUCUCUUUCCCUCCCUCCCCCCCUCACU